AUGGAAGGAAUUUGUUCGGACGGUAGUGAGGAAUCCAAGUACCAAUUCCGUUACGCGCGUCUUAUGCGUUACCUGUAUCCCUCCUCCGCCCGUUUGGACGACUCACCCCUCUUCAAUCUCGCCUACAAUGAUACCUGCAGUUUUACCUGGACUGGACCUAAACACAUCCGUCAGGACAUCUUCGAAUGUCGCACUUGUGGCCUUAUGGACUCUCUGUGCUGUUGUUCAGAAUGCGCCCGAGUGUGCCACAAGGGCCACGAUUGUCGACUCAAACGGACCUCUCCUACAGCUUAUUGUGACUGCUGGGAGAAGUGUCGUUGUAGAAGUCUCAUCUCUGGCCACCAAGACAUCCGCAAAGAUCUCUUUAAACGCCUACUUGAUUACACCGAUAUGGUCUACUUACCAAAUCGUUUGAACGAUCACUUAUUGGUCUACCUUGCGCGUCGAGUUGUGAGACAAUGGAAAGAGCAGAAACAAUUUAAGUCUAUGAGAAGGCAUGGUGGUGGUGGAGGUGAAAGAAAUCGAAGUGGUGCUGGUGAACCGGAACAUGAUUUGGACCCGCCUGUCUUCUCUCGCCAGGCCCUUGAAAUCGCCCUCGAUUCAAAAGCUGCCGUCGCUAGUCUUCUGUGUGAUUGUAAUGAACAUUUGAAUGGCGAUUGCGGCGUGCGAAUCGCGAGGUUUGUGCGCUCUGUGGCCCGAAUCUACACUGGUCUCAUGCUUUCACUUGCACCUGAUCACAACAAAAAGAAGUCGUAA